CGCCAUUUCUCAAUAAGCUGCCGGGCAGCCUGGACACUCGCAUCUCCCACGACAACGCCAUCCCCCGCGAAGUCAAACCCCCUCGCCAGUCUCAUCCUCCGAGACGCUUCCGACUCCAUAAUCACCGAUCGGAUAGUCACUGUGCCUGCGAGGCUCCGUCAAGAUGCAGGCUCCUGUCCUGGUUAUGAACACCAACGCCGGCGGUGAGAGGCAGACUGGCCGCAAGGCGCAGCUGUCGAACAUUGCCGCGGCUAAGACUGUCUCCGACAUCAUCCGCUCAUGUCUCGGUCCCAAGGCCAUGUUGAAGAUGCUGCUCGACCCCAUGGGCGGUAUCGUCCUCACAAACGACGGCCAUGCCAUUCUCCGAGAGAUCGAGGUGUCGCAUCCUGCUGCCAAGAGCAUGAUCGAGCUCAGCAGGACACAGGAUGAAGAGGUCGGCGAUGGCACGACUUCGGUCAUUAUCCUUGGUGGUGAGAUUCUCGCCCAGGCCCUGCCCCAACUCGAGCGCAACAUUCACCCUGUCAACAUCAUCGCCGCCUUCAAGAAGGCCCUGGCCGACGCUCUUGAGAUCAUCGACGAGAUCUCCCUGCCGAUCGACAUUAAUGACGACAAGGCCAUGAGCAGCCUCAUCUCUUCUUCGAUCGGUACCAAGUUUGUAUCAAGAUGGAACGACCUCAUGUGCAAGCUCGCACUCGACGCGGUGCGGACAGUAACGUGGGAGACCCAGAACGGCAAGACCGAGGUCGACAUCAAGCGGUACGCGCGCGUGGAAAAGGUUCCCGGUGGCGAGAUCGAGGACAGCAGAGUGCUCGACGGAGUCAUGCUUAACAAGGACAUUACCCACCCGAAGAUGCGGAGAAGGAUCGAGAACCCCAGGAUAGUCCUCCUGGAUUGCCCCCUCGAGUAUAAGAAGGGAGAGUCGCAAACCAACAUUGAGAUCUCGAAGGAGGAGGACUGGAACCGCAUUCUGCAGAUCGAGGAGGAGCAGGUCAAGGCCAUGUGCGAUGCCAUCCUGGCCCUCAAGCCUGAUCUUGUCAUUACCGAAAAGGGCGUCUCCGAUCUGGCCCAGCAUUACUUUGUCAAGGCCAACGUCACCGCUCUGCGCCGCGUCAGGAAGACCGACAACAACAGAAUAGCCAGAGCGACCGGCGCCACUAUUGUCAACCGUGUGGACGACCUGCAGGAGUCCGAUGUUGGUACUCAAUGCGGCUUGUUCGAGAUUGAGAAGAUUGGCGACGAGUACUUUAGUUUCCUCACCAAGUGCACCACGCCCAAGGCCUGCACUGUGCUGCUCCGCGGCCCGUCCAAGGAUAUCCUCAACGAGAUCGAGCGGAAUCUCCAGGACGCCAUGGGUGUUGCCCGGAACGUCCUUUUCCACCCCCGCCUGUCUCCUGGCGGUGGUGCCACAGAAAUGGCUUUGGCUGUCCGAUUAGGUCAGAAGGCCAAGAGCAUCGAGGGUGUUCAGCAGUGGCCGUACAAGGCUGUCGCCGAGGCCUUGGAGGUCAUCCCCCGCACACUGAUUCAGAACGCCGGUGCUAGCCCCGUAAGAGUGCUCACUGAGCUGCGUGCUAAGCACUCCGAGGGCAAGAGUUCCUGGGGAAUCAACGGCGAGACCGGAACCCUGGUCGACAUGAAGGACUAUGGCAUCUGGGAGCCUGAGGCUAUUAAGCUGCAGAGCAUCAAGACAGCCAUCGAGGCUGCCUGCCUCCUCCUGAGAGUAGACGACAUCUGCCCCGCCAAGAAGGCGCCGCAGAUGGGCAACGGCCUGAGCGGUGGCGGUGAAGAGUAAGAUGAUAUGUCAUCAGAUCGUUGUGAACGUUAGUCAAAAGUGUCAUCGGGAAAUGGAUGGGCCGCAUACCCCUGCAUCAACGGCUGGUGCACAAGAGCAGCUUCCGACAUAGAGAAUACAAAAAGAGUAAAACAUCCACGUCACGUUACGCAUU